AUGUUUGACACAACUCCUGACGUUUCUCACAACGAACCAGUGUCUGGAAUUAUCAGUCCUUUCAAGGUUCAAAAGUUUUUAUCUUUUUUCUUUUCUCUCUUGUGUCGACAAGGUUCUCCUCUUGGUGACCAAACUCCCUCCUUUCUUCACUUAUUUUCCUCCCGUCCGCCGGGAAAUUACACCUUUCUUUUACGGCUGCUAAAAGGUGAAAAUUUACUUAAACACGUGGUAAAACGCUUUCUGAAAACGCACGUGUUUGCUCCUUCUUCUCAAACGGCUUUAGCUCCAAACUUAAUUUAUGAAUUUCUUUUCAACUUUUCUGGGCUUCUUCGAGCGGACUUCUCAAAACUUUCUCUGAAGGGGAAACUUGCCCUCAGCAACUUUGUUACCCAUGCAUCCUUCCUUUACGGGCAAACGCUGCCUGCCUUUUCAUCCGGGAGAGAGAAACAACCUCCUGUCUCUAAGCGGUCUCGUUUCCAACUGCUACUAAGGUCCAAUCCCAGUUCUCCUUUCCCCUUCAAAAAAGGGGCGGAAGGAACACGUGUUCGUGUCAGUUCUGUGCUAAACAAAGAUGUGAAACAAUACGGAAAGAAAUAUUUAUUUGACGGAAAGGAUGAAACCUGUUGGAAUUCAAGUGAAGGUUCACCACAAUGGAUUCUUAUUGACUUAGAACGGUCAGUAGAGGUGGAGGAAUUGGUUAUUCGGUUUCAAGGUGGAUUUGCUGGCCAGGAUUGUUGGAUAGAAGGAUCUGUUAGUGAAGAUUCCAGCUGCUUGCAGAUGCUGCAAAAGAUCUACCCUGAAGAUAAUUCAUCACAACAGAUAUCCUUAAUUUGUUUUUUUUUGGGGGGGGGGUAUUUUUAA